UGACGUCAGCGCGUGAUAUCGUUCCGCAGGCGGGAGUUCCGCGCGGCCUUUUCCUCGCGACAGCGGCUGAUGAGAAGAAGCGGUUAGCCGCGAGAACUGCUCGUCCUCGUUUUUAGGCGUGGACGUGAUUCUGACUUUACACGACCGAUUCCACUCGUUCCCGUCACUGCAGAUCUCGUCGCGUUUGCGCGCGUCAGGAUGGAGCUGAUCACAAUCCUCGAGAAAACCGUGUCUCCAGAUCGGAAUGAGCUGGAAGCGGCGCAGAAGUUUCUGGAGCAGGCGGCCAUCGAGAACCUGCCGACCUUCCUGGUGGAGCUGUCCAAAGUUUUGGCCAAUCCCGGGAACACACAGGUGGCACGAGUUGCUGCCGGUCUGCAGGUGAAGAACUCUCUGACGUCGAAGGAUCCGGAUGUGAAGACGCAGUACCAGCAGAGAUGGCUGGCCAUCGACGCCAGCGCCCGCAGAGAGAUCAAGAACUAUGUGCUGCAGACUCUGGGUACAGAGACCUAUCGGCCGAGCUCAGCAUCUCAGUGUGUGGCUGGUAUCGCAUGCGCAGAGAUCCCUGUCAAUCAGUGGCCCGAGCUCAUCCCUCAGCUGGUGGCCAAUGUGACGGACCCCAGCAGCACAGAGCACAUGAAGGAGUCCACGCUGGAGGCCAUCGGAUACAUUUGCCAGGACAUCGACCCAGAGCACCUUCAGGACAACGCCAACCAGAUCCUGACGGCCAUCAUCCAGGGCAUGAGGAAGGAGGAGCCCAGCAACAAUGUCAAACUGGCCGCCACUAAUGCGCUCCUCAACUCGCUGGAGUUCACAAAAGCCAACUUUGAUAAGGAGACUGAGAGACACUUCAUCAUGCAGGUCGUCUGUGAAGCCACACAGUGUCCGGACACCAGGGUGAGAGUGGCUGCAUUACAGAACCUGGUGAAGAUCAUGUCCUUGUAUUAUCAGUACAUGGAGACAUACAUGGGCCCUGCGUUGUUUGCUAUCACAAUAGAGGCCAUGAAGAGUGACAUUGAUGAAGUGGCCUUACAGGGGAUUGAGUUCUGGUCCAACGUCUGCGACGAGGAAAUGGAUCUGGCUAUUGAAGCCACUGAGGCCUCUGAACAGGGUCGUCCUCCAGAGCACACAAGCAAGUUUUACGCAAAAGGAGCUCUGCAGUACCUGGUGCCCAUCCUAACACAGACGCUCACCAAACAGGAUGAGAAUGAUGACGAUGACGACUGGAACCCGUGUAAGGCUGCUGGCGUGUGUCUGAUGCUUUUGGCAACGUGUUGUGAGGACGAUGUGGUGCCACACGUGCUGCCCUUCAUCAAAGAGCACAUCAAACACCCCGACUGGCGCUACCGCGACGCCUCCGUCAUGGCCUUCGGCUCCAUUCUGGAGGGUCCUGAACUCAACCAGCUCAAACCACUCGUCAUUCAGGCCAUGCCUACCCUCAUUGAGCUGAUGAAGGACCCCAGUGUGGUGGUGAGAGACACGACGGCCUGGACGUUGGGACGCAUCUGUGAUCUGCUCCCUGAGGCCGCCAUCAAUGAGGUGUAUCUGGCCCCUCUGCUCCAGUGCCUGAUCGAGGGUCUCGGGGCCGAACCUCGCGUGGCCUCCAACGUCUGCUGGGCUUUCUCUAGUUUGGCUGAAGCUGCAUAUGAGGCCACAGACGCUGCCGAUGAUCAGGAAGAGCCCAGCACGUACUGUCUGUCCUCUUCCUUUGAGCUCAUUGUCCAGAAACUGCUGGAGACCACAGACAGGCCAGAUGGGCAUCAGAAUAACCUGCGCAGUGCAGCGUAUGAGGCUCUGAUGGAGAUUGUGAAGAACAGUGCAAAGGAUUGUUACCCAGCGGUGCAGAAGACCACACUGGUCAUCAUGGAGCGACUGCAGCAGGUCCUGCAAAUGGAGUCUCACAUCCAGAGCACGUCAGACAGGAUCCAGUUCAAUGACCUGCAGUCGCUCCUGUGCGCCACCCUGCAGAACGUCUUGCGGAAGGUGCAGCAUCAGGAUGCGCUGCAGAUUUCAGACGUAGUGAUGGCGUCUCUGCUGCGCAUGUUUCAGAGCACCGCCGGCUCUGGAGGCGUUCAGGAGGAUGCGCUCAUGGCCGUCAGCACUUUGGUGGAAGUUUUGGGCAGUGAUUUCUUGAAAUACAUGGAAGCCUUCAAGCCGUUCCUGGUCAUCGGGCUGAAGAAUUAUGCUGAAUAUCAGGUGUGUCUGGCUGCGGUGGGGCUGGUGUGUGAUCUGUGUCGAGCGCUGAUGGCCAAUAUCCUGCCUUACUGUGAUGAAAUCAUGCAGCUGCUGCUGGAAAACCUGGGUAACGAGAAUGUCCACAGGUCUGUGAAACCCCAGAUCCUGUCUGUCUUUGGUGAUAUUGCUCUUGCCAUUGGAGGGGAAUUCAAGAAGUACCUGGACAUUGUGCUGGACACGCUGCAGCAGGCCUCGCAGGCACAGGUGGACAAGACAGACUAUGAUAUGGUGGACUAUUUGAAUGAGCUGAGAGAAGGCUGUCUGGAAGCUUACACUGGGAUCAUCCAGGGCUUGAAAGGAGACCAGGAGAAUGUACACCCCGAUGUAAUGCUGGUACAACCUCGUGUCGAGUUUAUCUUGUCUUUCAUUCAACACAUUGCUGAGGAUGAAGACCGUUCCGACGGAGUUGUUGCCAACGCCGUAGGCCUCAUAGGUGACCUGUGUACAACUUUUGGGAAAGAUGUGAUGAAGCUGGUAGAGGUUCGACCUCAGAUCAACGAUCUGCUGACUGAAGGCCGGAGGUCCAAGAUCACGAAGACCAAGACUUUAGCCACAUGGGCCACGAAGGAGCUACGCAAGCUGAAGAGCCAAGCUUGAUUACUGGCUGUGGAAAUUCUACCAAGAAUAAUGGAAAUCAAACCCACUGAGGUUUCUUCUGUCUUUUACACAUAGAAGUCGAAGCAGAAGUGACGUGUGCGCUGAGAUGAGUGUCUGAGAAUGUGAGCGAGUGAGAAAGAGUGCGAGAGACAUCACACCACCUUCAGAGUUCAAUUCCAGCAGUUGCCAGCAGAAAAACUCAGUGGCCCACAACCUUCACCUCUUCUCCAUGUGCAGAACAUGUGUCUCUGACCCCACAAAAAAUAUUAAAAAUGAUCUACACUCUGUACACACUUGUGUUUGAAAAGCUAGUGCAUCAUAUUAGUGCAAACUUGCCGGCUAAAGAAAGGACCGUUUUGUUCAUUGUGCAUCUGCAGAAUUCAUCUUUAAGCACGUUUAAGGUGUUGCGACUGCAGAUUGUUCCCUAUUACACAAUUCAUUUGUCAGAAGAUACAAACAAGAAGGAAAUGCUGCUGCUGGGGUUUGUAAUGGCGUGACUGGAGUGUGAGUGUGUGAAUGAACGGAGGGGGCGCUGUUUCCACAUCCCCUCUUACUAUUUCAACCAAUAAUAAAUAAACAUGAUAAAUAUCUUGUUUGCAAAUUCAGUGAGAAGCACUUAUGUAAACAUAGGAGAGCGGCAGGUAGUCAGGGACGGGCAGCACUCGGGUGAACUGGCGCUGAGCGUUCGUCCUGCUUUUCUGAAAGUCAAUUGCUGCAGUAUAUAUUUUUUUUUUUUCUCCCCUUCCCUUUUUUUUUAAAAAAAUAAAAUAAAAUAAAAAUAAAUGGUUCUCUUAUUAGUAUGGAUUGUGCAGAUAUGCAGAGCUUUCGCCUGCCCUAGAAAGGGAAGACUUUUGCCACUCGAGGUGAGAGAUCUAGCGGAGCGCUCCGUGUUCGAGGGGUACGGGAAUUAGACACUUCCACAUCCUACUUUAUUCUCCUUAAUUUGUUUUGCAGGAAAAUGAGUGCCAAAUCCAUGCGGAUACCAAUGGACUUGAGCUUAAUAUGUUAACAUGUAGAAGAUGCAAAAUAAACAUGUCAACGAUGUCACAAAUUUAUUUGCAUUGAUGUGCUUUGGUUGUAAUUUUUUUUUUUUUUUUUUUUUUUUUUUUUUUUUAAAUGUUUCUUGCGGCACUUAAUUGGAGUCAUUCACCAAGCUUUUAAAAAGAGACAAUGGACAGAAUCAGACAUUUGUAUGAGGUUAUAUUUUUCCAUUGAUAUGAAAAUAAAGUUAAAUUAAACCUU